CGCCGCGCCGCCCGAGGCUUCACCCGCGCCCUCCCCCAGGGCGCGCCCGCGGAGCUCCGGCCCCAUCGCCUGCUCGCGGAGGCCGCGCCGGGCGGCGGCGAGGCCGGAAGAUGGCCUGGGUGCUCAAGAUGGACGAGGUGAUCGAGUCCGGGCUGGUGCACGACUUCGACGCCAGCCUCUCGGGCAUCGGGCAGGAGCUGGGCGCCGGCGCCUACAGCAUGAGCGAUGUCUUGGCAUUGCCCAUUUUUAAGCAGGAAGAUUCCAGCCUUCCGUUGGAUGGUGAGACUAAACACCCACCCUUUCAGUAUGUGAUGUGCGCCGCCACCUCGCCAGCCGUCAAACUGCACGACGAGACGCUCACUUACUUGAACCAAGGUCAGUCUUACGAAAUUCGGAUGCUGGAUAAUCGGAAAAUGGGAGAUAUGCCCGAGAUUACUGGAAAAUUGGUAAAGAGCAUCAUAAGAGUUGUAUUCCAUGACAGACGGCUGCAGUACACGGAGCAUCAGCAACUCGAAGGCUGGAAGUGGAAUCGCCCUGGAGACAGACUUCUCGAUUUAGAUAUUCCAAUGUCUGUGGGAAUAAUUGACACCAGGACAAAUCCAAGCCAGUUAAAUGCGGUUGAAUUUCUGUGGGACCCUGCAAAGCGCACGUCUGCUUUCAUUCAGGUGCACUGCAUCAGCACAGAAUUCACUCCACGGAAGCACGGAGGCGAGAAGGGAGUGCCUUUCAGGAUCCAGGUCGACACCUUUAAGCAGAACGAAAAUGGAGAAUACACAGAUCAUCUACACUCAGCUAGCUGCCAAAUCAAAGUGUUUAAGCCUAAAGGUGCAGACAGGAAACAAAAAACGGACCGAGAGAAGAUGGAGAAGAGGACCGCUCACGAGAAGGAGAAGUACCAGCCGUCCUACGACACCACCAUCCUCACGGAGAUGAGGCUUGAGCCUAUAAUUGAAGAUGCAGUUGAACAUGAGCAGAAAAAGUCCAGCAAGCGGACUUUGCCAGCAGACUACGGUGAUUCUCUGGCAAAGCGAGGCAGUUGCUCUCCGUGGCCCGAUACCCCCACAGCCUACGUGAAUAGCAGCCCUUCCACAGCGCCCGCCUUCACCUCCCCACAGCAGGGCACGUGCAGCGUCCCAGACAGCAAUUCUUCUUCCCCAAAUCAUCAGGGAGAUGGAGUUUCACAGCCCUCUAGUGAACAACUUCAGCCUUCAGCCACGAUCCAGGAAACACAACAAUGGCUGCUCAAAAACCGAUUCUCUUCUUACACAAGACUGUUUUCCAAUUUUUCAGGUGCCGACUUAUUAAAACUGACAAAGGAGGAUUUAGUACAAAUUUGUGGUGCAGCCGAUGGCAUUCGGCUCUAUAAUUCACUCAAGUCAAGGUCGGUGAGGCCCCGCUUGACCAUCUAUGUCUGCCAGGAGCAGCCGAGCGGCUCCCCGCUGCAGGGGCGGCAGCUGGCGGGCGGCGGAGGCGAGGGCAGCGGCGGGACACCCUACGUUUAUCAUGCGAUCUACUUGGAAGAAAUGGUCGCUUCAGAAGUUGCUCGAAAACUUGCAUCGGUGUUUAAUAUUCCUUUCCACCAAAUUAACCAGGUCUACAGACAGGGUCCCACCGGUAUUCACAUUCUUGUUAGCGACCAGAUGGUUCAGAACUUUCAAGAUGAGAGUUGUUUUUUAUUCUUCACAGUAAAAGCAGAGAAUGGUGACGGUAUCCACAUAGUUUUGAAGUGAUGUCUUACUUAGUCUGAACUAUAUUCAGUACCAAAUAAAGUCACGCUUAAAAGUGUGUGAAGACUGAAUCCAAGAAGUCUUGGGAUUGGAUUUUACCGUAUGAAAUGUUUCAUAUUGAAAACACAAGAUGACCUUUCUAAUGAGCUGUAUGAGAGGCGAAUCUCCUCACUGUCACUGCCAUAGCCAAGCAUCCUCGUGAGAGUGAGCACGUCGGGACGGCACGCGUGCAGCUCUGGGGGCCACGCGCAGGCCCGGCUGCUGCUUCUCUGGCAGAGGCCAGUAGGUACAGUUCCUAGAGGCAGCCUUUGCUGUCUCUCUACACUGUAUGCGGUUUGGAAAUGAAUGUAAAAACGUACCGUGGGCAUUUACCUUUCUGUGCCAGUUUGGCUUUUGUGGCCUGAACCUUAUGCCGACCCAGGGCGGGGGUGGGGGACAGUGCCGUCGUGGAACCAGCACGGAGUCUGUCUGCAGAGGCCACGUGCUGACACCGUGAUUGGUGGUCAGGUAAGAGUCUUGGCACCUUCUCGGAAGAAAUCACGUAAGGGUGUGGGUGACAGGAUCAUGCCAGAUCGGGGAAGACCCGAGCCAGGAAGGCGGGUGUGAAGCAAACUGCAUUAUCAAGAGUACCUUGGUGAGAGGAUCAGUGUAAAUCCUAAUAGGUACAAAGACUUUUGUGUUUCUGCUUCGUCACAGAUUUCUUGAAAAACCUUUUGCUUCCGCUUCCAUUUUUAGCAUUUUGUUUCUGGUUUUUAUUUUUGAAGCCCCAAUGCCUUUUAAACUCAUGUGGCGUUCCUCCCUUUCGCUGUUUCCGACCACCCCGUCCCUCCUCGCUCUGAACCGUCCUGUCCUUAAGUGUUUUUAAAGCCCUACCCCAGACCGUAGAACCAGGUGCCCCGGGGAGGGGGAAGACUAUGGUAGUUUUCUGACUUGCCGGAGGGGUCUUUGUUAUCAAUGAGUUGAAAUUAUCGCGGCAAACCAGAUGUCAUAAAUGAAACACUAAACUGUGCCGUAAAAAUGGCCCACGCUUCUGAGAUAUUGAGCUCUAGUACAAUCAUGGUAAACGUUCUGGUGAUUAUUUAAGAGGCUUUUGGCUACACCACACGAUGGCCUCUUUUUCUUAAAAAGGGUGCGUCUUCCACGAAACCAAAUCCUUGUCUCUCAAAGGGACUCCACGGCUUUUGCGAUUUCCUCCUCGUUCUCGCUUCCCUCCCCACACGCACCAGCAGGCACCUGUGAAACCUGUGGUGGAGCAGACCGUGUUUUAAACUUCGGCGCCCUUUAGCUAUAGCACCUCUGUCCACGCGCCCGGCUGUCUUGGUUUUGAACGUGCCGAUUCUUAUCUUUGUUCGGGCAGAAAUAGGAGUGAUUUGGACUCUGAAAUCCCUCCCAGAAGACAGACCACUUCAGUGGGUAAAAAGCUUUGACGGUUCGUGUUUUAUUCUUCAAGGGGGUUAAGACGCACGGUCUCUAAACACUUUCAUCUUUAGUUUGAAAAUAUCUGUAACUCUGUAGACCCUGAAGCGGGGGAACGUUCCUUUCUGUCAUCUCCCUUUGCUUUUGUAUGAACACAUGUUUUCUGUACCAAUCACUUGGGAAAGAAGUGAGCAUAUCUCUUGUUUUUAGAGUUCUGCUUGUCUAUUUAGCAUUCCUUUUUGAGUCUCAAGAUAUACGGAACAAUAAAUGUCAUUUAAUGCUGUGUGCUAUUUCGAAUUCCUCAUCAGGUGUUAGAAAUGGGGUUGAAAACACUUUAGAAGCUCAUCGAACUUGAAAUUCUACCAAGCAGCAUUGAAAAUUAGUCUCUCCCAGUGAAGCAGGUUAAAUUAUGGCACCAGCAAAUUUGCUACUUUGUUUUUUUAACAGUAGGAUGUAUAUACAUUUCAGUAAAAUAAAUGUUUUCCGAUUGUUUUGCACACGCGUGUCUCAUUUAAACCCUAGUUCCUGACCGUAUCCCCUCGAGUCCAGAAUUGAGGGGUUCCGGGCAUGUGCUGAGCACACCGAAGUCCAGAUGUUGCGAGAGGUGAGGCCCGUUGUGUGGUUUUCUCUUCGGUCUGUUUUCUCAAAGCUGAUGCGGCAGACUUUUCCAUCGACUGCUCCCCACACGGAGAGGAAGCGGACCCAGCCCGCGCCUCUGGGAAACCUCACCUGGGGUUCUGAAUGAGGUCACGGGUCACUGAGGAGGGAGUCCAGGAACCCCAGUGGGCUGUGCCCUGGCUCAAGAGAGCCCAUGUAUAGAAAGCCCUGGUCGUGCGAAUUUUUAAAACGGAGACUAUAAUUCCUGAAGCAAGUCUGUGUUCCCCGCUCUUUGUUUUACUUAAAUAGCUUCCUUCCACAGUCACGCCGCCACACAAAGCGGUACAAAUGUAUUUUCAAACAACUGCUGUGGUGUGUGCACACUUCCGGCCAGGGAAUGCCAGAGGACGUGUCCUCGGGCGCUGAAGUCAUCAGGACUCGAACGCUUAUUCCGAGACCUUGUUGAAGUGACUUACGGGGUCGCGCAGGUACCGCCUUCUCUCCCACUGUACCCUAAAUGCUCCUGACCGGUCCCUCUGACCGACUGCUGGUCUGGGGGAGACAAGUGCCCCGGCUUUGCUG